AUGUCCAACGGACUAACCCCCCCUGCCGAUGUAACAGACUCAUGGCCACCGCCAAACUUUGUCGAUCCUGAGCUCAGAGGCCCAGGGCUGCUGGUCGUUAACAUUGUAUUCUCAGCGAUUGCUUUGGUUAUGACCGCGUUACGACUCUAUGCCCGUGCUUUCAUAACAGCCACCAUCGGUCUUGAUGAUUACCUGAUCGUGUUGGCCCUGGCAUUUGGGAUUGCCAUGUGUACCGCGUCGUCGAUAGCCGCUGCGCGAUAUGGUUGGGACCGCCAUCAAUGGGAUGUCCGACCCGAAUGGAUAUCAACUUCGCUCAAGUACCACAUGCUCUUCGAAAUGACCUACGCGAUGUCAUCCACAUUAACCAAGGUCUCCCUGUUGUGGUUUUGUCGUCGCCUCCUUGGAAAUAGCGUCAAGGGUAGUUUCCGGUACUUGAAUUGGAGUCUGAUCGGCUCCAUGGCAAUCUUGAUUAUACUGGGGCUUCUGUUCGUCUUCACCACAUUACUCAAUUGCAUCCCUAUAAGCGCAAACUUUGAUGUGAACCCAACCUACCCGUAUCACUGCAUCAAUGGAGGCAACGUGGCCACCGGCGCCAGCUGCAUCAACGUGUUUACUGACUUCAUGGCCACCGUCGUGCCCAUGCCGUUGAUCUGGAAACUCAAGCUUCCUCGGCGCCAGCGUCUUGCAGUCAUUAGUAUCUUUGGUAUCGGUCUCAUAGUGACCGUCGCUUCUUCUAUUCGAACGUAUUAUACCUGGAUUGGCGCCUUGGGUUCUUAUGACAACUCGUGGUGGGGUUGGGCCAGCUGUUUGGCUGCCUCUCUCGAGAUUAACUUCGGACUGAUGUGUGCAUCCGCGCCCGCUCUUCGGCCCUUUAUUAAGGCAAUCUCGCCUCGAAUCCUCGGUGGUACCGGAUACGGAGAUAAAUACUCCCAACAACUCAACAAUCACAAACCGUGGGUACCAUCAACAACCCGGUCCACUACCAGUCACGUACGCAUGGGACCUAACGAUUCGACAACCAAAGAAGUUGGGGGGUUUGGUCGACGGGGUUCAAGUAAUGAUGCGGGUAUAAUUCGCACCGUGGAGCUGCAGACUUUCUAUGAAGACCACAACGACGCGACACAUGGUCGUCCUGGGACUGCCCCCAAACCACGCGGGUACUUUAAGGACCGGCGGCGAGAUUCCUUUCCUGCAUCGAGGAAUCUAAAUGAGGACGAUGAGGCACCGUUUGCCCUUCGGGGAAUGGGCAGUCACGAUGACAGAUGA